ACCACGUGACGUUUUUGUUUUGGUCCUUGUUCCUGUCAGUUGUAUCACUGAUAUUUUCGCACAAUUUCAUCCAUUCUCCAUCGAUUUCUAUUUUACAAACCGACCUGGUGGGGACGUUAGUAGCUGUGGUCGCAGAUCUUAAUUUCUAGUUAACAAUAUUUACUAAAAUUAUAUCAUUAGAUCAGCCGAUAGCGUUCAGCUAACACAUUAGCAUCAGCAUCAGCACUACUUUAGGCAGACACUGUGGACAAUGGCGGCUGUUGACAGCUUUCAGCUCUUGUUCAGGGAAAUGUCUCGGUCGUGCGGUUCUUACGUUGAGGCCUUGGCCCUGGUGGGGGGUCUGUACGCGGCCAGCAGAGCUGUAUUCAUGCUGAGAGACUGCUGCAACCUGGUGCGAGUGCACUUCCUGCCCAGGAUGAUUCCGUGUAAGAAGCUGAGGCAGAGAUUUGGAGAUUGGGCUGUUGUUUAUGGAGCAUCAGAGCCAGUAGCCCAAGCUUAUGCAGAAGAACUGGCCAAACACGGCAUCAGCAUCAUCUUCAUCACUCAGGACCAAACCUCUGUGACGGACACGGCUGCGUGGAUCUCACAAAACUACAGAGUGGAAGCUGUGGUCAUCCAGGUCGACUUCUCUCUGGUCCAGGCUGCCAAUGUGAAGCCUGUGGAAGAACUUCUGAGAGGGAAAGAAAUUGGUUUCCUAGUGAACUGCUUGGAGCAGUCUCUGACGUCUCCACAGAGUCUGAGUUUAAUGCCCGAGCAGAGCCUGUUGGCCUCAGUGAAUAAGAACGUCGUCGCUGCUUCGGUGAUGGUGCGGUUGGUGCUGCCGGGGAUGGUGGAGCGCAGCAGGGGAGCUGUGGUCAAUAUUUCACCGGGAGCUUGCUGCAGAUCACUGCCUUGGAGAGUCACACUGGCUGCAGCUACGGGCUACCUGGACCACUUCUCAAGAGCUCUUCACCUGGAGUACAGCAGCAGAGGCAUCUUCGUUCAGAGUCUGAUCCCCUUCCAGAUUGCUUCUUACAGACAUUAUCCUUUAGCCUCUGAAUCUGCAUCAUCAUGCAAAGGCUGGUUUGUCCCCAAACCUGAUGUUUAUGCCCGUCACGCCAUCUCCACCCUGGGGGUCUCCAACAGGACCACAGGGUACUGGCCUCACACUCUGCAGUACUGUCUGAUGCGGCGUUUACCAGAGUGGGUGAGGGUCCUCGGAUGUCGUGCUCUCGUCUGUUCCAGUUAGGAGUCCGUUCUCUUCUCCGUCCUCCUCCAGACUCCGCCCAGUCCCUGGACCCUGUAGAGUUACACACUGUUGAGUUCAACUGUGGUGGGAUUUGGAAAACAUGACAUCUGAGCACUUUAGUAGCAUCUGAUCCUAAAUAGUUAAGGGUCCAAACAAAACUGAUCCUUGAAGUUACUUUAACACAAGACCUUAACUGUAGCUGAACUUUGGAUGAAGUGCUUAGAAAUCCGAGGGCAUUGCAGCUUCAGUCCAUCUCUUUACUGGAACAGUAAAGUGGUAGUUAACAGAAUUAAAAUACAUCCACCUGCUUUAACGUUCUAUAAAACUCCAAAAGUGUAACUAAAAUACAAACAGGAAGUGUUGGGUAAAAGAAACAUUUUACAGCAGCGACGUCUGUUAGUUCUAUUUUAUUUUUUAUUUUCUCAAUACUUUGCUCAUUAUUUCUAUUUUUAAUUAGUAACCAGGUUUUUAGAGGAAGUUAACAAAUCUCUGGUUCACUCCGCUUCUUUGUUCUUUUUGUUCCAGUCUUUCAGGAUGUUCCUGCAGUGACCAAAGCCCUUAGUUAAACACCAGAUACGUGCCAAAACUCCAAAGCUGUGUAUUACUCGUUACACUGAGUUUCCUUCUUUAGUUUUUGAAACAUUUUAUGGGUUUUUUUUGUUGUCAAGUAAAUGUUGACUUUGACUUAAAAAAAGGCACAUUCAAAGAAAACAUCUGUACUGAACGUGAGAUAAAUGUCAGAACAGAACAUUAAAGCCAGUGUUUGCAGUAUUUAAAAUUCUUCUACAGUCGACUGUACGACUACGGAUGAGUCACUUGUCUCCAGGAGAGAAUUAAAAAGUUAUUAAAGUUAAAUGAAGAAUGAUAA